AGGAACUAAUUAAAAUUAAAUAUCGCGAAGCUGCACAUUCGUCUCUCGGGCUUGUAUACCUGGUGUCGCCAAAGAGAUGCAUACUACACCAAGAACAUUACGAAGAUUCACGAGGUCGAUGAACUUCCACAAUGAUUUCAACGUUUCGUUUAGCAAGCGCGGAACGAUUCUUGGAUCUGAUUUGCGGUUUUUAUUAUUAAAUGAUAUUAACGAUGCUGCUCCUUCUUCGUGGAAUAUCACUAAUCAAGGCUUGAGCUCUGUGUUAUCGCGAACGUUCGCGCAAGAUUUCGGCACUUCAGCGAGGAAGGAACCACCCGAGCCACGAGGUCUUCCCUGGCUCGGUACAAUAUUAUCCCUGAUAAUGUCCGGUGGUGCGAAAAAACUACAUGAAUACGUGGACAAUAGACACCAAGAACUUGGACCAGUCUUUAGAGAUCAGAUUGGACCAAUCGAAGCUGUUUUCGUUAAUUCGCCAGCUGAAUAUCGUAAAGUAUUAGCCGAUCUUGCGGGUAACACGCCGCGGCACUUCUUACCGGAAUCCUGGAUGUUGUAUAACGAAAUUCGAACACAAAACCGAGGUCUACUCUUCAUGGACGGAGAAGAGUGGUGGCAUUACCGUAAAAUUCUCAAUAAAGUAAUGCUGAAACCUGCACCAAAGACUUUUUUCUGUGGACCUUGUCAGGAAGCCGCCGAAAAUCUCACGAAGGAAUGGCAAAGGUAUAGCCGAAUCGGUUGUGUAAUACCGAAUCUGGAACAUCAGCUGUAUCAGUGGUCUAUCGAGGUGAUGUUAGGGACCAUGAUAGGUUCGCAAUGGCAUGCUUGCGAACCAUGGUUACGUCGUGACAUAGAGGAUGUGGCCACGAUAUUACAUCAGAUUUUCACAUAUACUUCACGUCUUUCAAUGAUACCAGCCAAGUUAGCGAUGAAGCUUAGGUUGCCAGUGUGGAACAAGUUCGUUAAGGCUGCCGACGAGGUGCUAGACAAGGUGCGCAAACUGGUGCCAGAAAUGAUCGAGUUAUCAAACAACGACGGACUUCUGCAGAUGAUUUUAAAUAAUGGUAUUCGCGGAGAUGAAGCUGUCAGAAUCAUCUGCGAUUUCGUCGUAGCUGCUGGUGACACAACAUCGAUUACCAUGCAAUGGGCAUUGCUAUUACUUAGUACUCACCCUGGGCUACAAGAUCAAUUAUUCGAUGAAAUAAAAAAUUUGCCACUGGAAGAUCUUCUGCAACAUCAAUUAUUAAGAUAUACGUGGAAGGAAACCUUGAGGCUGCACCCCGUCGCACCAUUCCUUACGAGAUAUUUACCAGUGGAUUCCAUAAUUGGCGGUUAUUUUGUGCCGAAAGGGGAUCUAAUUAUCUUAUCGCUUUAUUCAAGUGGCCGUGAUAAGAAUAAUUUUCUACGACCUAAUGAAUUCUGGCCAGAAAGAUGGUUCAGAACGGGGGGGGAAGAAGAUUCAUUCACCUAUCGAGGAGUAAAAGAUGCACGUGCUAAUGUUCCAUUUGCGAUAGGCGUGAGGAACUGCAUUGGUCAGAGACUCGCAGAAACACAACUGUCUCUUACAUUGGCGCAGCUCAUUAAAAACUUCAAGAUUGAAUGUGAAAAUAGAGACAGGAUUAAGAUGAUUUUGCGUAUGGUAUCUGUACCAUCAGAAUCUAUCAGACUGAAGCUGAUUGAUAGAGAAAUAUGA